GUAAUUCACAUUCACCGCAAAGUUUCCCAGCAAUUUGAUCUGAGCAUCUCUCUCACCUCUAUCCUCCACAACUACACACCCGCGAUCGCGUUCACAGCUGAUGCUGAUGCUGUUUCAGAUACAGAGAGUUUCAGCAUCACCUCACGCGUCAUUCAGUCGAGUUCGGGUUCUCCAUCGUAUCGGCACGGAAGAAAACACAUCGUUACUGGUCUAAAUGGCGAACUCUAAACAAUGAGCAAUCCCGCCAUUUUGAAUUCAUCAUUACAAAAGACGUUUUUGUGAAGAACGACACCUAUGGAUGCUUCUUCGUCCCCUACGCCAGAAAACGUCAGCAACAGCACGGCUGGGUUGGGCCAGGUGACAUGGGCGGAGUCCAACGUGUGCCCGCCUUCUGUGAGCGGCACGACCCUUCUGAUCGUGGCGUACAGCACCGUUAUAGCGGUGGGUUUGGUGGGCAACGCCUGUUUGGUCUACAUCAUAUCCAGGCAGAAAGAAAUGAGGAACGUCACCAAUAUCCUCAUCGCCAACCUCUCGUGCUCCGACAUCCUCAUGUGCGUGGUGUGCCUCCCCGUGACGGUCAUCUACACCCUGAUGGACCGCUGGAUCUUCGGAGAGAUGCUUUGUAAAGUCACGCCGUUCGUGCAGUGCAUGUCGGUCACUGUUUCUAUCUUCUCGCUGGUUCUGAUUGCUUUGGAGCGACAUCAACUCAUCAUCCACCCCACUGGUUGGACACCCGCCGCCGGGCAUUCUUAUCUGGCCGUGGCAGUCACGUGGAUGGUGGCCUGUUUCAUUUCUCUACCUUUCCUCUCGUUCAACAUCCUCACCAACGCUCCUUUCCAGAACCUCAGCCUGCCCUUUAACCCCUUUAGCGACCACGUGAUCUGCAUGGAGCUCUGGCCGUCCGAACGCAACCGCUUGGCUUACACCACUUCUCUUCUGCUGUUCCAAUACUGUCUGCCCUUGCUCCUGAUUCUGCUCUGCUACCUGCGCAUCUUCCUGCGUCUGCGCAGACGACGAGACAUGGUGGAGCAGGCCACGGAAGCCCGGCGAAGGAAAACGCGAGGUGCUCAGCGCGUCAACGCCAUGCUGGUCGUGAUCGUGGUUGCCUUCGCGCUAUGCUGGCUGCCGCUCAACGUCUUCAACACAAUCUUUGACUGGUACCACCAAGCCCUACCUUCAUGCCAGCACGAUGUCAUCUUCUCCGCCUGUCACCUGACCGCCAUGGCCUCCAUCUGCGUCAACCCGGUGGUGUACGGCUUUCUCAACACCAACUUUCAGAAAGAGCUCAAAGCGACGCUUCAGCGCUGCCACUGCGGCUGGGGUGUAGCGGAGACCUACGAGAACUUUCCUCUUUCAACGGUGACCACAGACGUUACCAAGGUCACCUCCAUGCAGCGAGGGUCUCUGAUCAGAUCCGAACAGUGCGCUCACCGCUAAAGAGAGGAGAAACGGAACGAGGUAUCGUAGGGGAGGGGGUCGAGGAUGAGCUGGCACUGUUUCCAUGGAGAUGCGGGAAUUGCUAUGUGGGUUUCUGCAUCCGUUCUUACCCAAGAGAUCUAAAAACAACCUCUACCCACUGUUGCUACGUUUCAGGUUCAGGUCUUCGUGAUCCUAUGAGAACGCAGCAUGGUGUUAUGUUAACGACUUAUUAAGAUGUAUGUGGGAUGCUCAGGUGUUAUUCCUGUCACGAUGAAUGACUGAAUCUCAUUAGGAAUGUGGUCGUUCCUGUGACAACAUUUUUGAGCUGUUGUGUCAUGAGAGAAAGGACGAAUACAUGAGAAUGAUUUGUAAGACGUUUUUAAUGACUGCAUCAGAUGUUUUUAGCCGACGGACAUCGAACAGGACGUAAUCAUUAUAAUGAAAGUCAUCUUCGUGCGCUCAUUUAGUUGCAAUCUUCACCUAUUCUGUAUUUUUAGUUGAUGUGGUCAUAGAUUUUUAAACAAAUUGUAACUGUUCCUUUUAUUGCACUGCAAAAACUGCACUUUCUUACUUAGUAUUUUUGUCUUGUUUUCAGUAAAAAUAUCAAAAAAUUAUUAAAUUAAGAUAUAUUUUCUUGAUGAGCAAAACGACUCAAGAAAAUAAGUCUAGUUUUUAGACAACAAAUAUAAACUUUAAGUAAAUAAGUGCUAGUGAUGUAGUACUCCAGACUGAUUUCUGCUUUCUCGGACUUGUCUCGGACUUGGUCUCGGACCACAGUGGGAGGAGAAAUACUCACAAUUUUAGACCAAGUCCUCGAGACCAACGCAUUUUUUUAAUGUUCAUAUAAAAAAAACACACAACACAUAACAAUAAAAAUAAAAUGCAAUGUUGACGGGCAUUAUCUGAAAAUGACAUCCCAUGGUGCAAUGCAAACAUACUGCCAUCAUAGCUGUUUAUUUAUCUCUAUAGAAAAAUAUGCAGAAGAUGUUGCAUGUGGUAGGGAUUUUUUUAAUGAUAGUAAAAGCAUAGUCCAUAUUAAAACGUUAAGACUGCUCCUCUAAACAAUUCCCAAUCUAGCUUAGUCUGUAGGCCUAACUGUUGAUUAUUAACUGGGGUGAUAUUAAAUCAUGAAUAUGAAAACUGACAUGUUUUUAUGGUCUUGGUCUCGACUUGAUCUCGACUACUAAAGAACUCGGUCUAGACUUAUACUUGCUUCCUCAAAGACUCGGUCUUGAUUCGGACUCAACUGUAUUUGAAAACCAAUGGACUCGGUCUCGACCCUUCAAAGACUCUGUCUUGACUCGGACUCAGCAUAGGCGGUCUCCGUCCCAUCACUAAUUAGUGCUUAAAACAAGCAAAAAAAUAUGCCAAUGGAAUAAGAAAAUUUUUAUUGAAUUAAGUUUACUUUUUUCAUAAACACUUUUCUUAUUCCAUUGGCAGAUUUUUUUUUGCUUGUUUUAAGCGCAUUUGUCUAUAAAAUAGACUUAUUUUAGGUCAUUUUGCUCAUCAAGAAUGUUUUGAUAUUUUUACUGAAAACAAGACAAAAUACUAAAUAAGAAAGUCAUUUUUAGCAGUAUGCGUUGCUUUGGUGGGACGCUUACGCUACUUUUUAACUUUGAACUGUGAACUGUAACAAUGGGAUAUGUUUAUAUUUAACGUUUGAGCAUUGGUGUUAGCUUAACAAUGCCCUCUUUAAAUAUUACACUUUUUUGAGUUUAAAUAGCUAGUUUUCAUAAUGGUGCAGUGUUCAGUUUUUAACAAAAACAUGAAAGCCUUUAUCGUCAUUGUAUUUUUCUGUAUACAACGAAAUAAGGAAAACUGAAAAUCUUUGUUGUCUGCAUUACCGUUGCCUUAUAAAUAGUAGUUUUGAAGCACAAAUAAAUUUGGAGACUGAAUUUUUUCACUGUGUUGUUCAGUAUCAUCAGUGAUUUUUAAACUUU